CAAAUAAAGGGUGCCCGGCCCCGGUAGACCCCCAGGCCGCGCUUCGCAAGGCGCGCCCACCCUGAGGGAACGCGGCUCGGCCUCGCUGUGUACCCAGCAGGUCGGCAUGUGGCCGUGGCUGCUGCGGGCAGCGCUCUUGGGUGCCAUCUGCUUGCCCACCUUAUACGUUUUGCCAGCUGAUUAUUUUGAUUGCUACAAACUCACAGCUUCCUCAAAACUCCUAGCAUGGAGCUGGAUUUUUCACUUUUACCGUGUGCUGUGUAUUUCUUGUGAUUUGUCGCCAGCUACUGUGAUGUCUCCUGGUAUCCGUAUUGAGUACCUAAUUGUCUGCGUAGAUUCUCAGAGCCAGUCACGGUAGUCUAAGGUGCUACACUAACUUCAUCAGAUACACUAACUUCAGUGCAGAGGAGUUCAAGUUUACGUAGUUGUUUUCCAUAUGGAAAGCAUGGUGGUUCUGAUUAGUUUGUCCCCUUUUCUCUCUACCUAGAAGUGGGUUAAAUGUCAGUGCUAGGGCCAGGAGCGCAUUUCUUCCAUUAGAGGUGUGGUGUUAAGGUGUUGCAAUGAAAGCCCCCAUGAAAAGAAUAUUGCUUAUAAGAUCUGGAGAUACAAGGCUAAUAUUCUGCACAUUGAUACAUCAGCAGAAACCAUUGGUGCCUUGAAACCUGUGGAAACUUCCCGAACCCGAAGUGUUGGAUUAUAAUUUAAUCAUUUCUGUUCUUGUGGCCACAGUGUGGUCAUUAAAUGCUAGUAAAUCAGAGUGGAAAAAAAAGUAAAAGGGUCUGGAGAAACUGUAUUAUUAGAGUUUCUAUCUUAUUACUACAUUUCCAGUCAUUUAGAUGCUAACAAUAUAAUUUUUUUUCUAAACUAUGUUUGUACAAAUGGCUAUCCUCCUAUGCUUGUAUCUGCCCAGUAACUUCUCCUAAUUUGACAUACAGAAUAUUUGAGAAGAUUGGUUGAAGCUUUCUAGUCUAUGACAAAUAAGAAAAAAUAUUUGCAAUGUGAACAGUGUUUGAUAUCCUGUGUGGAAUACUUAAUGCAAUCUUGAGUAUAAAUAAAUGUAUCUUUUAAAUAUACUGACAAAUGUCCCUAUUGAGACUGUAGAAUUACUUAACCCUUAAUAGAUAUGUCAUAGCAGUAUUUAGAGAUUCUUCUUGGAAGUUAGUAGUGUUUUUCUUUGUGGGUUCUAAAGUAUAACAAAAACUUAUGCCUGAAAAGUGCUUACUGAAUUUUACUGGGAUAUGUAUAUCCGGUAUGCAAUAGCAAAAAUAUUUAGGGAGACAAGUUUUAUUAUGUAUGAUGAGAAUUUAGACUUUUAACUGAAGUAGCAGAGAAGCUCACAACUAGUUCUGUGUGUUUUCUCUUGAUGGUGGGUCAGGGAGUAUGCAAGGCUUUUGGGCAGACCUCAACACUACGAAGUUAAAUCUUAAGAUGAAAACAAGAUCUCUACAACAGUCAGUGCUUCAAGGUCAAGGCUUUUGUGUUCUUGAUAGACCUGUUAGUGUGGGGAGAAUAAAAAUGCAGAUGUUUUUGGGUUUGGUGUUUGGUUUUUUUUUUUUUUUUCCUGAGCCCUUUACUCAUUCAGCUUUACUUGCACAGGUAGUGAGCAUCACAAGACACUGGGUUUUUAUCUACACGUUAAAGACACAUACAAGCUAUGCAAUAUCCAGGAACAUUUCCAUGUUCUGGAGAGAAAUUUUUCAGAUAAAAGAAAUGAUUGAGUCAGUCAAAUUAAGAAGACAGUGCAUGCUGGAUUUCUACUCAAAUUAUGAACACCUUUGUGAACUUCAAGGCUCUCUCCCACUGAAAGCUGUGAAGGCUAAUGUGACUCAUGAUGCUGUUGAUCUAAUUGUAGAUCACAUCAAAGCUACUGAUUGGGCACCACUUCUGAAUGCUCUCAGGCAUAAUAAGACUCUGACUUCUAUUGGAAUAAGAAGUUUACAUCAACAUGGUCUUGAAGAAUCAGGUGUUGAAAGAUACAAAACUUACUUUAGACGGAGAAUUCCAGCAACUCUAUCAGAAGACUUGACUGGCCAGCUAUGCAAAGCUGUGAGAGGCUGUCUCAGUAUAUCAGAUGUACUAAAAAAUUUAGAACUGCAGGGUUUACUUCUGAGGAAAGGAGACCUAGCACUUUUAACAAAGGGCUUGGCCUCAGCUUCAUCCCUGGAGAGUGUCUCCUUAGCCCACUGUCCAAUUGGAGAUGGAGGGUUGGAAACAGUCUGUCAGAGUAUAAAGAAUAUGGCUACUAUCAGAUUUGUAAACUUCACAGCAUGUAGCCUCACAUGGCGAGGGGCAGAACAUAUAGCAAAUGUAUUAAAGCACCAGGCAAUAAGAAGACAUGGUGAAGCUUGGGCUGAAAGCCUACGUUACCGGAGACCUGACCUUGAAAAUAUGUCAGGUUUGAGGCGGAUUACUUUGAACUGCAACAUGCUUGUUGGAGAUAGAGGAGCAAGUGCCUUUGCAGACUGUCUAGGAGAGGACCUUUGGCUAAAAGCACUUGAUUUGCAGCAGUGUGGAAUAUCCAAUGAAGGAGCAAGGUCAUUAUUAGAUGCUCUUCAAACGAAUACAACUUUAGUGGUACUUGACAUAAGAAAAAAUCCUUUAAUUGGUCAUGUUCUGAUGAAAAACAUUAUUGAAAGAGUUCUUAAGAAUGGAAAUAGUGCUGAUACAGAGUAUAAGUGGCUGAUAUCUCCGUCUUCCAAAGAAGCUUUGAAAACUAAGCCAAAGAAAAGAACUAUUGUCCUAGGAAGUGGUCGGAAAGGAAAAGCUACUAUUCGUAUUGUUAUCUGGAAGCAGAGAGGAUUAUCAUCUAAAAAAUCUGUAAGUCCUGUGAAAAAAAAUUCCUCUGUGAGAGAGAGUUACUCACCAAAACCACUAGCACCAGGCACAAAAGGCUUCCUUCCUUGGCGGACUGCAGAACGUGCAAAGAGAUGCAGCUUUAGAGGCGGGGCAAUGGAUUGUGCUGGGAAAUUGCCAGUGAAGAUUCAGACAGGUGGUCCUGUGAAAGUGACAGUAGAAAGUGCUUCUACAUCUGAAACUGAAGACACAGAAGAUUUAGAGGAUGUUAUCCACCAGCCUGAUUUGGCAAAAUCAUUGGAUAAGAUUGAUGUAGCACAGUAUCAACAGUUACAGAUGGAGCUGGAAGAAUGCCUGGGAAAACUAAAGGAAGAACAAGAAGCUAGAGUAAAGGCUGAGGAACGAUUACUAGAGACAGAAAUUGAAAAUGCAAGAUUAAGGAAUCUAAAUAUCUCCCUGUUGGAGGUUCUUCAUGCACAGUCAGUAACCAGCUUGAUUUUGGAAGAUGAAGGUGUUCUAGGCAGCAUUGAGAACUCUUUUCAAAAGUUUCAUGCUUUCUUAGACCUCCUUAAAGAUGCUGGGCUUGGACAACUUGCUGUAUUAGCUGGGAUAGACCAAUCAGAUUUUGGUGUUUUGGGGUAUUCAGAAAUGAAUUCUACUCUCAGUAAGCCUGUGAACCUGGUAAAGGAGAAGUCUUUUGAAGAAGAAAGACAGGAACAUACCCAGAAUAGCAAAAACAGAGCUGGGGACAUGCAACUUUCUCUUCCUAGCACUUUUCAAUCCCAGAUGGUUGUGAAUAAUACUUUUUCAUCACUUGGAGAAAUACAGGAACUUCAGGCUGCUGGACAGCAGUACCAGCCAGGUUCAUGGAAGGAAAAUGAAGCUCAAACAAUUAACCAAAAUAAAGAGGAUAAACCUCGAAGUAGUACUCCAGUAUUAUCUGAAAGAAGAGUCAAACAAAAUGAACAUGCAAAAGGACGUCACUCAGCAAGACAGUUGGCUACCAGUAUGCAUUCAUUUUCUGAUUCCAGUGUACAAAUCAAAAGUGAUGAUAGCAGGAUAUCCAGUGAUAUUUCUAGUGAAAAAAGCAAAAAUUGUUCCUCUAAGAAAUACAUCCCUGUAGCAAAUGAAACAGCAACUCCAAGUAUUGGAGUGAGAGGAGACAAAAGUAGACUGCAGGCAGUAAAUGUUAGCUCUGGAACUGAUACUGUAGGAUCUGGCUCUGAAAUACAGGGAAGUAUGCAAAGUGUUACCAGCAAUUCAAAUGGUUCUAAGUUGUUGUAACUGUUCUUUACACUUGCCAGAUUAAUAAUAAGUUUUGGAUGUCUCAGUAUAAUUAGUGAAUUUUUUGUAAAGUUUUGUAGACUUUGUGACUUUUUAAAGCAUUGCAUGUUGCUUAGUAUUCCUGUUUCAUGUUUGCAUUCUUUGUCACUAGAUUUUUAGUUUUGAAAACAUGUGAUACACCUAAAAUGGUACCCAUCAGUUUGUACUACAUAUAAGGGACUCUUGGCAUAUGGAUUUCAUUAUCACAGAUCUUUGAGCUAAUAAAAUUAAUUUGAGUACA